ACAAGAUGGCGACCGAAGGAACACGAGAGAAAGCCUUAACUGACUACAGAAAAAAGCUCUUGGAACAUAAAGAGCUUGAAGCAAGGUUAAAAGAAAUGAGAGAGCAGCUGAGGGAGCUAAAUAAAGAUUAUGAGAAAUCAGAGAAUGAUCUGAAGGCUUUGCAAAGUGUUGGCCAGAUUGUUGGAGAGGUGUUGAAGCAGUUGACAGAGGAUAAAUUUAUUGUGAAGGCCACCAAUGGACCCCGCUAUGUUGUUGGUUGUAGAAGACAGCUGGAUAAAGCUAAGCUUAAGUCUGGUACCAGAGUGGCACUGGACAUGACAACACUGACCAUUAUGAGACAUUUGCCACGUGAGGUUGAUCCUUUGGUGUACAACAUGUCAACAGAAGAUCCAGGAAAAGUCAACUACUCAGAAAUUGGGGGUUUGGGUGAACAAAUCCGAGAAUUAAGAGAGGUGAUAGAAUUGCCACUUCUCAACCCAGAGUUGUUCAUGCGUGUAGGUAUCACACCACCAAAAGGUUGUCUGUUAUAUGGCCCUCCAGGUACAGGAAAGACACUGCUAGCUAGAGCUGUAGCCAGUCAAAUUGAAGCCAAUUUUCUCAAGGUUGUGUCCAGUGCCAUUGUGGACAAAUAUAUUGGAGAAAGUGCCAGGCUUAUACGUGAAAUGUUUGCCUAUGCCAGAGACCACCAGCCAUGUAUCAUAUUCAUGGAUGAAAUUGAUGCUAUAGGUGGACGUAGGUUCUCAGAAGGAACUUCAGCAGACAGAGAAAUUCAGAGAACAUUAAUGGAGCUUUUGAACCAGAUGGAUGGUUUUGAUGCUUUAGGUCAAGUGAAGAUUAUAAUGGCCACCAACAGACCUGACACUUUAGAUCCAGCUCUUCUUAGGCCCGGGAGACUGGACAGAAAAAUAGAAAUUCCACUGCCAAAUGAGCAAGCUAGGAUGGAAAUUUUGAAAAUCCAUGCUUCUCCAAUAGCAAAGCAUGGAGAUAUAGAUUGGGAAGCUGUAGUUAAGCUAUCUGAUGAUUUCAAUGGAGCAGAUUUACGAAACGUCUGCACUGAAGCAGGAAUGUUUGCAAUCAGAGCAGAAAGAGACUAUGUGAUAGAAGAAGACUUCAUGAAAGCUGUGAGAAAAGUUUCAGAUAACAAGAAAUUGGAAUCCAAACUUGACUACAAGCCAGUGUAGUGAAAUGAUGUGAACUUGUCAGAAACGUUACUGUUCCAAUAGGCUGCGGUUUGUUAAACUUCAAAUCAUAUUGACAUAAAGAUCUGUGAAGUAGGCCAUUUUCACCGCAGGAGCUAUUUAUGAGUUUUCUGUACAGCAGUAAAGCAUUCUUUUGACUGCUUUCACUGAAUGUAAUCUUUUACCACUUGAGCCAUCUUGAAAAGGGAAAAGUAAUGCAUUUCAAAUAUUGUGAUCAUUGCUACUCUUUACAGUCCUUAACAUUUCACAGUUGAGAAAUGAUCACCAGUCACAAUGUGGUCAGAAUACUUCUGAAUGAUGCGAGAUUUGUAAAUAAAAUUUAGAAAAACCUUGUUCUGUCAAUUUA